UGUAUAACAAACAAAAUAUUAUACCUACAACUAAUUUGGAUAAAUGGCCAAACACUAGUUUUAAAAUAGAUUAAAACGCAACUUAGAAAUUAUUUUAAUAGGGAACAUUUUAAAAUUAUCAGGAACACUCAUAUAGAAACUACUAGCGAAAUGGCAUUUUGUGACCGCAGCAAGGCCAAGGGUUACUUUAUACCCUUCAAAGAUGUCUUCAAAAGCACACGAACGGGGAUCUGUCAAGCUACAACAGUGGCAAAACUUUCUGAUGAGCUCGCCAAUGGAGCAACUAUGCUGGAAGCCCAGGAAGUAGCGAAUAGCUGGGGCUGUACAUUCCCAUUGUCGCCUGAUUCGCAUCGUAUAGGAAUGCAGAAAGGAUCGCCUGAGAAUGCCAUGUACAAUGAUGUUCGCUUGCACAUUAAGAUUCCAAGAUCCCCAAAAUUCGGUAAAGAAAUAAAGAAGAUAAAGCGCAUGGCAAAGGGUUCCUCAACUGUGCAAAAAUAUACGUCCCCACCAACAUCUGAAAGUGCUCGUAUAACCAUUAAGCGAGCGGUGGUUGCCCGCAAAUCUCCCCUCUCAUCAACGCCUAAAAAGACAACUAAGAGCAAAACUGGUAAAAGCAUUAGGCGAUCGGGUAUAGAAAAAUCUCCGUGUACACCUUCGACUGGGAGUCCACCGAAAAUCAUUAAGCGCGCGUUAAAGAGCCACAAAACUUCCGCCAAGAAGAAGACUCCGAAAUCGGCUUCUACAGCAUCCCCAGAUGUGACACCUAAUAAGGCACCUCGCAUGGGCAUAAAGCGAUCACCGCAGCUGCAAAAAUCUUCAUCUAAACAAUCGCCUAAGCGGAUAUUAGGUGGAAAUAAUCACAUGAUAAUUAUACAACCCUUGGAGGUGGACAAAUUUGAAUUUUCGUCAUCCCCAGAUGUGUCCCCUAUUAAAGACUCUAGCAUGGGCAUAAAGCGAACACAAAAGAUGCCAAAGCCUUCAUCUUCAGGUGAAAAUAAUCGCAAGAAGAACUACCAAGAGUUACAGAAAUCUCCUGUCCUUGUUACGACUGGAGAUAGUCCCAAGCCGAAGAAGGCAUUGUUGGAAACCAACAAGUCUCCAGAUGGUAUAUUUAAACAAAAUCGUCGCACGAACCUAAAGCCCAGAACGGAGAUUCUCAAAUCCCCAACAACCACAUCGUCGGAUGAGAGGUUAACUGAAUACCCGGAGCUUUAUCCAAUGUCAUCGCCUGAAAUGAACUAUAAUAGCGAUAUCAUGUCAUCGCUUUCUCCAUUUUCCACCCCUUCCUCUGCCGACGCUUCUUCUGGGCCUUAUCGUAUGACCAGAAGACGAUCUGCAGAAUUCCAUAUAUCACCAUACGAAUCGUCACCGGAAUCAUGUGCAGGCAACAAGAAGCGCUCCAUUUAUGAUUCGACAUCCGAUGAGCUACGUAAUAGGAAACGCCUUUUGAACUUAAUGAUUGAAUCAUAUUUGCGCAGGACAUCUUCCUCCAUCGAUUUCGAUACGCCCACCAACGUCAAGCGAAAUCUGGAGACUAACAAACAUUCUCUAAUGUCAUCAAAGUCCCAGAAGGAACAAAAGAAUCGCAAUGUCAAGUCCUGGAACUGGACCUUCGACGACUGGUUGGCAUACAAGAAAAAGCAACGUCAGGCGGAGUUGAAGCGACAGGAGGAAGAACGUGCCUACCGGGAUUUCUGGACGGCAAAGCGUAAGGAAAUUUCAGAGGGUGCCCAUCAAUCGUGGCUGAGGAAAAAGCAGCGUGAGGCGGAGGCAAAACGCGUACAGAGUCACAUGCAGCUGGCGGCUCUAAAUGCCAGCAAUUCGCUCAAGAAUAAUCCCAUUAAAGCAGCCCCGGCCAAACCUAAACGAAAUGUAUCCCAGGAAAUGAUCAAGCAGGAGCUCGAAUCUUGGCACCUGAAGAAGAUCGAGAUCGAGAAGGCCAAGCGCAAGGAGCAACAACUGGCGUUGCUUAAGCAAGAAGAGGAACAGUUCAAUCGCCAAAGAAAGUCCGAAAUGGCCUUCAAGAAGUGGUUCAGUACUGUCCACACAAAGCCCAAGCCGGUGCCAAUGAACCAGGGACUGUACUCGUUGCGUAGCACCAUCUCAAAGCUGUAUGUGAAUCCCCAACCCUGGGUUACAGUUUAACACAGAAACACAUUUUACGGAAAAUUGUAAGAAAUACAGAAAAAAAAUUAGUU